UGGAGCGCGUGGCAUGCGGGAACGCUCUCCAAUAGGAAUCAAACAGCAACAGGCUCGCUCUAAAUGCGGACAUGGGUGUUUCUCCGGGCGUGCAUUUCCACGCACCGCCCGUGCAGUGUCGACACUGAUCGCGCGGUGUUUACAUCGCCACCGUGAUCACGUCUUUUUUUUCGUAACUUUGCGCGUCGAGGCGGAAACCCACUUUGCGUUUGGGGGAUCGGAGCGUCUGUUGGACAGACGGGGAUGGCUCGCAGGAGGAGCGCGCCGCGUCCCCCCACCUCCAGGAGACAACUUCCAGCUCCCUCCUCGGCUCUGAGGAGCGCGUAGGGUUCUGUGACGAGGUUUCAGAGGGAGAUCAUGAGCAACCACGUCAGGGCCGGCGGAAUGGCAUCGAAAGAAAGGCUGUAUGAGCUGUGGAUGUUGUAUUACACAAAGAAAGAUGUGGGCUAUCUGCAGCAGUGGUUGGAGGCGUUUGUAGCAUCAUUUGAGAGGCUUAUUGAUGUGCAGACACUAGAGCCUCGAAGACUGGAGGAGGGCAGCUCCGAGGUGCCCUUGCUUCCCAGGGAGGUCCUGGUGCUCCUCAGCACCAAACUAUGGCACAGUGCACUCCACCUCUCCAGUUCCAGCGAGGAAAACAGCAGCACACCACACCCACUACUCCUCAUCAAGUUCUUCAUCAUUGUGUGCAGAAACAUGGAGAACAUCGACACGGAAAAAACGCCUAGUUUCGUUUUUGAAACCAUCAAGCUUUUGAAUUUCUGUCUGGAUCAGUUGAAGAAGGGACCGGCCGAUAAGUUGUCUCUGCAGAACGUCGUGCAGUAUGGGCUGGUGCUCUGCGAGAGUCUGUUUGACCCUUAUCAGACGUGGAGGAGACGCCUGGCUGGAGAGGAGGUGAGCUUGCUGGAGAGGAAUAAGUAUAAGUUCUCCCCGCUGGCCCUGCCAGAAGAGCUGCCUGCUCUGUUCCACGAGAGUCUUCAGGACAGCGAGAAGAUCCCAGAGCUGCUCACUCUCAGAUUGGUUCAUCUCCAAGGUGCUGUCAUCAGUGGAGGAAAGAAAAAUGGUCUCCUCUCUAUCACCCCUCAGUCUGUGGAGGACUUGUUCUCGGUUUUGCGGGCAUGGUGCUGCCGCGCCUCUCCCGAACCGAAGAGCCCCAAACUCCCCCGCUUGACUUUGCAGUGCAUGACGGCGAUGAUUCACCUCCUGCACUCGAGCAGCCCCGCAGAGCGGCAGGUGGAGAUCCGGACCAUCCUCGAGAGCUACUUUCAGCUGCUCAACUGGAACCGGCCGCUCAUCAGCGAGCAGGAGAACAGGCAGAGCUGGGAGGAAAGCCUGAUCUCACUCCAGAGUCAAAUGCUAACUGCUGUUCCUGAGAUCCUGCAGUGCUCGGAUAGACCCGUCCUGCAGGCAGUCUUCCUCAACAACAACUGCUUCGAGCACAUCCUCAGACUCAUUCAGAACAGCAAGCUCUUUCAGAGCAACAGGCAAAGGCCGGACAGUGAGGUUGUGUGUGACCUCACCACACAUUUACUCACAGAAGUGGAUCAGGUGUGGGAAAAGGGAUCAGACAGUAUUACAGUUCAUGCCUUGGGGGUCCUCACAGCUAUAAUGAGCAACUCCCCGUCUGCAAAGGAGGUUUUCAAGGAAAGGAUUGGCUACUCGCAGCUGUUCGAUGUGCUGAGAAGUCAAGGUCAACCCACCAAAAGGCUGCUGCAGGAACUGAUGAACAUGGCGGUGGAGGGUGAGCAUGCCCACGCUCACCAUCUCGGAAUCAGCAAUGACCAGCCCUUGCUGCUGCUCCUGCAGUGGCUCCCUGACCUGUCGGGUCAGAGGGCACUUCAGCUGUUGGUUGCGCAGUGGCUGGCGGCUGUUUGUGGAGGUUCCCUGUCCUGCCGCACGGUGGCCGUAGAAGCCGGUAUGGUCGGAGCUUUGCUGCAGGUGCUCUCUCAUCCGCAGAGUCUGGACAGACAAUGUGCAGAUGCUCUGCUGGGCCUCCUGCAGGACCUGGGCUCUUUGUGUCUGAAACCAGAAGAGCUGAAGAGCCUUUUGAGACUCCUCAGGGUAGAUGAGAACAAUGGUGCAAAUCUAAGGAAGGUGCACCCCUACUGCAGCCGGAUCAUACGCGUUCUCUCAGCCAUGGCAUCCAGGGAGGGCAAGGACAGCGCUUUGCAGUAUUUCGAUCUUUCACCACCAAUGGCCGGCAUCAUGGUGCCCACGGUCCAACGCUGGCCUGGGAGUGGGUUUGCAUUUCAUGCCUGGCUCUGCUUGAACACGGACUUCCCAUCGUAUCACUCGGAAGCCUCGAAUAACCGUAAAUCUCCUGCCAGCUCUGAGAUGGGAGCCCAGCACGACAUGGGAAAAGGUCCACGCAGGAAGCAGCUCUACAGUUUCUUCACCGCGAGUGGAACUGGACUGGAGGCUUUUUUCAACAUGGAGGGUGUGCUGGUGGUGGCUGUGUGCACGAAGAAAGACUACAUGGCAGUUGCUUUGACAGAAUUCCCUCUCACUGACUCCUCCUGGCAUUCAGUGGCUAUAGUUCACGUUCCAGGAAGGCGACCUUUUGGUCAGAAUCUGGUCACUAUCUACAUUGAUGGAGAACUGCGUAAAACUGCUCAGCUUCGCUUUCCUUCUUUCAGUGAGCCUUUCACCUCCUGCUGCAUCGGCUCUGCUGGCCACAGAACUACAACCACCACCACCUCCCCAAACCUGCCCGCCUCCAUCACCUCCAGCCCAUCCCCUGAGUUCGCCUUCCCCGCUCCCGCCCCCUUCCUCAUCCGAUCCCAGUCUUUCCCGGCCUCCUUUGCGGGCGGUCGCUGGGGGUCUUCGGCGGACCAGUUGGUGCGCACCAUUCCAGCAGGGCUGCAGGACACAGAGUGGGGGUCUCCCACAUCUCUGAAUGGGCUUUUGGGCACCGCUUUCAUCUGCCAUGAGGCUCUGCAGCAAACGCAAGCGCGGGCUUUGUACGCUGCAGGCCCAAAUCACGUGCCUUUAUUUAAAGCGGAUGGAGAAUUAUCAGAUCUCAACAGCAAGCUUCUACUCUACUACACACCUCAGGCUUUUAAGAGUCAGAUUUGUUUGGAUUUGGCACCCAACCACCAAUACGACGGCAGACUCACAGGACACAGGGUGGUCAACUGGGACCUCAAGGAUGUUGUGAACGUGAUUGGAGGAAUUGGGGUUUUCCUGCCGCUCCUCGAGCAGGUGUGUGAGGCUGAGCAUGUUUACAAUGGAGGGCAGGAAACCUCAGACCUGUUGGGACCGGAGCUCACCUCCUCCAGAGGCCCCGCCGCGUUGCUGUUGCCUCUGAACAAAUCUUCUGAGGGCCGUUUGGAGUCAAACAGCAUCGCCGCCUUCUUGCUGUUGAUCAAAAAUCUGAUUCGUCAUCACCCCGUCAAUCAGGAGAGCCUGCUGCAGUGCCAGGGGCCGAGCGUCAUCGGUGCCAUUCUGAGCAAAGUUUCAGGCAACAUGAUGGACAUGAAUGUUUUAAUGGCAUGCCAGCUGCUCCUGGAGCAGGUUUUCAAUGAGGGCAACAGUUCUCUUCUGCAGCAGCUCUACCAACACCUGCUCUUUAAUUUCCGCAUCUGGACUCAAAGCCACUUUGCUGUUUGUUUGGCACAUGUGCAGUACCUGUCUUCUGUGAUGAACAAGAGCAAGCAGCGCAUGAAGAGGAAGUAUGGAGUUCAGUAUGUUCUGGAUACCAUUAGGACAUACUACAGUGCAGAGAAGGAUGACUCCCCUCUGUCUGAUGAGAAGCUGACGAUUCAGACGUCUCUGUUUGCCUUGCUGAAAGACUUUCUCAAGUCUCCAACUACAGAGGAGCUCCACAGUGUUCUUGCCUUCAUACUGGCCGCAGGGGAGGAGCAGCAGCUUACCAGCUGCUCCUCUGCAUGUCAGGUGGUGAAGGCGUUGGAUGUUCUGUAUGAGCUCUUGAGGACCAGCCCUCCUCGUGAGCAUGUGCAGAGCGUGCUGCUGGAGUGGGGCGUCGAGCAGCUCUACUGCCUACUGCUCAAUCCAGGCCUGGGAGACGAGGGCAGGGAAAGAGUGUUUAGGGUUUUAUACAAACUCCUUAAAAGCGAGAAGGUGUCAGAGCGCAACAAGCAGCGCAUUAAACUGAGGGAUUUUGGAUAUCUUGGCCUGAUUUGCUUUCUAGAGGAAAUCCCCAUGACCAUGACCACCGUCCGCUGUCUGUACGAGCAGGUCCUGGCUACAGAUGCAACUCCUAACUUUCGAGAUCUGCUGGCUGUGGUCAGCUUGUCCCAUCGAGCUGAACUUACCGUUCGACUAGACAUCUGUCGCAAGCUCUUCUAUCUGAUCUACUCCAACGAGGAUUACGUCAAGCAGCUCGCCAGGCAGCCCGGCUGGCAGGAUGUCCUGACCAAGCUGUACGUGAAGGAGUCCUACGAAGUCCACGUCAACGACAUUGUGGACUCCACCACCUCCGCCCCCUUUGACGCUAACUACAGACCUCUGAUGCGCAGAGAUCCAUCUCUGGUCAUUGAGGAUUCCAACACGGCCAUUUUUCUGAGCUACCGCAACUCGCAGGAACUUGAGGACGAGGAGGAAGAGGAAGGCCACAGGGACAUUUCUGAGGGGUUCUCUGAUUUAUCCCAGUCUCCCCCUAGUGGUGGAGGAGGCCCGCUGAAAAACUUGGAAGGCUCCCUCCAUUUUAAGUCCUUUGAUUCUGUAGAUCAGGAGAGUCAGUCGUCUUCUAUCUCAAACGCGGUUGAUAUUAAUUUAUCUCAUCCUGAAGAUGAGGGGAAGGAGUAUCAGCCGCUCUCGCCUUUCGGCACGUCCCCCUUUGAUUUGGAACUGGGAGUAAUAGGAGGGAGUGGCGCUCAAACCCCCGUAGGAAGUCUGACAAACACCCCUUCCCCCCUGGAGCACUUCAAACCAUUUCCACCUCUUAGACCAAGGAAGAGCUCCAGUUUGUCCAACGUUCUAGAUGACACCAGUUAUGGAAUGGAGCCUCCUACUGGAGACACGAUCUCAAACACUUCCAACCCGCAGCAGACCCCUGAGGAAGAGCUGUGCAACCUGCUGACCAACAUCAUCUUCUCUGUGCUGUGGAGCGGCAGAGGUGCAGAGGGGACGGAGGAUGUGGCGUGGAGGGAGCGGGGGCAGGUCUUUUCCGUUCUCACCAAACUGGGAUCUUCAUGCCAGCUGGUGCGUCCUCCUGAUGAAAUCAAGCGCAGCCUUUUAGAGAUGAUGCUGGAGUCAUCCUUAUCAGAUCUGAGGGAGGCCCAAGGAGUGUCUCUGCCCUUCUGUCCCAGCCUGGUCCGCCUCCUGCGACUGCUGCAGGACUUCCUGUUUGCAGAGGGGACGAGGGACCGCACUCUGUGGAGUGAGAAGAUCUUCGAAGGGGUUGUGAACUUGCUGGACAGGUUGCAGGCCUGGCACAGCACCCCUGGUAGUCCUGGAAACACCGAGCUGAAAGAGAUGGCCCAGAUUGGACUACGUAUCAUCACGGGAUACAUUCAGCAGCAGCACUCGCAGGUGUGUGAGAUGGCCUGUUUGAAGCUCCACAGUCUUCUCCAAACUGUGCUCUGCCUGAGCUGGGAGGAGGUUUGCUUCCUGCUGGGGGAACUCGGCGCCCCCCUGUGGCCAGGAGGUGUCAUGAACGACACCAACUGCAGUCAGUCCGAAACCUUUUCCCAGCUGGUGCCCAUCGUCCGCACGCUACUCGACCAGCACGCCGACCCCAUUAUGCUCCAGAAGCUGCUGCCGAACCUGCCCAUCACCAACGGCAGCACCACCUUCGCACAGGACCUGAAGGCCUACUGUCACACCCUGGAGUGGCAGAGCUUUUACCAGCAGCAGAUUCAGCCCACUAAGGAGCAGUACGAGCUGGACACGUUUGGCAGAAGUCACGACAUCAUGUCCAAUUUUUGGAACUCAAGCUUUGACGACCUCAUGAGCACGGCGUUCAGACGAGAGAAAGACAGAUCUGACAGCAAAUCCAAGUUUCAGGAAAUGAUCGUAGACCCCUACCUGAAGCGACUUCGGAGUGAGACCAACCGGCACAACGCUUGGCAGAAGCAGAUCUCCAGCCAGCAGGGGGUGGUGCUGCAACACUGGAGAGCUCUCCGCAGACAGUUUACCAGUGAGAGGGGUGCAUGGGCCAACAGAGUUCAGCCAGAGGUCAAAUGGAAGCUGUCCAGCGCGGAGACGUACUCAAAGAUGCGCCUCAAACUCGUACCCAACUACCACUAUGAUGCUCACUGUGAGGCCAGUGCCCUCAGGGACAAUAUGGGAGCCGAGAGCCCCCGCAGCUCUGAUCCCAUCCCGCUCGCUGUUGCUAAGGAGGCAAAAGUGAGUGUCAUGAAAGACGAUCAGCUAGGAGAGGAGGACCUCAUCUUCGUAGAUAAUGAGGGGGAAGGAGAAGACGAGAGCCAGAGAGAGAAGCUGGUUCUGUCUGAAGACUGUGAGCUCAUCACUAUUGUGGCAGUGGUUCCAGGCCGUCUGGAGGUCACCACCCACCACCUGUACUUCUAUGACGGCAACAGCGAGAAGGAAGAGACAGAGGAGGGAAUUGGGUUUGAUUUUAAGAGACCUCUGUCUCAGCUCCGAGAGGUUCAUUUGAGGCGCUACAACCUGCGGCGCUCCGCACUAGAGCUGUUCUUCAUAGACCAGGCCCACUACUUCAUCAACUUCAAGAAGAAGGUACGAAACAAAGUGUACUCGAGGAUUCUUGGACUGCGACUUCCGAAUCUGUUUUACUUUGGCUCCCGCUCUCCUCAAGAGCUGCUGAAGGCUUCAGGCCUCACCCAGAAAUGGGUGUACAGAGAGAUCUCCAACUUUGAGUACUUGAUGCAGCUGAAUACCAUCGCUGGACGGACCUACAACGACCUGUCGCAGUAUCCCGUGUUCCCCUGGGUCCUGUGCGACUACACUUCUCCUACUCUGGAUCUGAACGACCCCUCCGUGUUCAGAGACCUGUCCAAACCCAUAGGUGUGGUCAACCCGCGUCAUGCACAGAACGUCAGAGAAAAAUAUGAGAGCUUUGAAGACCCUACAGGCACCAUUGACAAAUUCCACUAUGGCACACACUACUCUAACGCAGCAGGAGUCAUGCACUACAUGAUCCGCAUGGAGCCAUUCACCACCCUGCAUAUCCAGCUGCAGAGCGGCAGGUUUGACGUUGCAGACAGACAGUUUCACUCAGUGGCCGCAGCCUGGCAGGCUCGCAUGGAGAGUCCAGCCGACGUCAAAGAGCUCAUUCCGGAGUUCUUCUAUUUCCCAGAAUUCCUGCAGAACAUGAAUGGCUUCGACCUGGGCCACUUACAGAUCUCUCAGGAGGCGGUGACAGACGUUGAGCUGCCCCGCUGGGCGACAUCGAGGGAAGACUUCAUCAGAAAGCACAGGAAAGCCCUGGAAUCUGAGCACGUGUCCAGUCACCUCCACGAGUGGAUUGAUCUCAUCUUUGGAUGCAAGCAGAGAGGAGAAGAGGCAGUGAAUGCUCUCAAUGUCUUUUAUUACUGCACUUAUGAAGGAGCUGUAGAUCUAGACGCAAUCGCUAAUGAGACUGAACGGAAGGCCUUGGAAGGCAUCAUCAGCAACUUUGGACAAACACCAUGUCAGCUUCUCAAGGAACCUCACCCCUCUAGGAUGACAGCUGAGAACGCAGUCAGACGGCAGGCCCGUCUGGACACUGUACCCCCAAAUAUCUUUGAGCACUUGUCUAAGCUCCGACCCUUUGUGCAGGUGGUCAGUGAUGGCCUUCCUUUGGUUCAAGCAGUGGUACCAAAGAGCCAGAAUCGCUCCUCCAUCAUCCAGGGAUCUAACACGCUGGUGAGCGUCAGUUCAAAUGGUUUGAUAGGGACGCACAGCUGGCUUCCAUACGACAAAAACAUCGCCAACUACUUUACCUUCAACAAAGACCCAACAACAACCAACCCAAAAACUCAGCGUUUCUUGAGUGGACCUUUUUCCCCCGGAGUGGAGAUCAGCACUCAGGUUCUGGUGGUGUCCAAUGACGGCCGGCUGCUGUUCAGCGGGGGGCACUGGGACUGCAGCCUCCGGGUCACCCAGCUGGCCAAAGGAAAGAUCGUUGGCAGGAUCUGCCGGCACAUCGAUGUUGUGACCUGCUUGGCUCUGGACCUCUGUGGCAUCUACCUCAUUUCUGGAUCGAGGGACACGUCCUGCAUCGUGUGGCAGGUCUUACAACAGGGAGAGUUCUCCUGUGGUCUGUCUCCUCGACCGGUCCAGAUCCUCAGUGGACAUGACCAGGAGGUGACCUGUGUGGCAAUCAGCACUGAACUGGACAUGGCCGUUUCAGGGUCAAAGGACGGGACCGUGAUCGUGCACACAAUCCGGCGCGGACAGUUCCUGCGAACACUGCAGCCCCCCAGCGACAGCUGCGUUCCCAUGCAAAUCUCCCAGCUCCAGGUGGGCAUGGAAGGCCACAUCGUGGUGCAAACCUCACAGAAGGAACUCUGUCACACCAAGGGCAAAUACUCCAUCUAUGUUUACUCAGUCAACGGCUGUCUGCUGUCCUCUUUCACCAUGGAGGAGCAGAUAACAGCCGUCCACUUGGUGUCUGAAUACGUCAUCCUAGGAACCCUGCAGGGAGGUCUCCACAUAAGAGAUUUGUACAGUCUGGAUGCUCUGGUCACACCUCUGGCCUUGAGGGUUCCUGUGAGGAGCGUGUCUGUCACCAAGGAAUGCAGCCACAUUCUCGUGGGACUGGAGGAUGGAAAGUUAAUUGUGGUGGGGGCAGGGAAGCCCGAGGAGGUCCGCUCCGGACAGUUCUCCCGUCGCCUGUGGGGCUCCACACGUCGAAUCUCUCAGGUGUCGUCAGGUGAAACCGAGUACAACCCCAUUGAGAACGCGGGCAAAUGAACUCUGAAGAGCCUGAAGGGAUGCAGAUUUACUCUUAUUUGGCUUCUCCUUUCUCGCUGGGAAACCUGAAUCCUAAGUCUCUCUGAGAGAGCAACUAGACACAGCACUUUCUAUAGUUGAGUGAUUUUAUAUUUUCAUGCAUGUUUUAUUUUGUGCUGUUUAUUUUUUUUUAUCAGCAUUAUUCCAAAGAGCGGCCGUGUUGGGUAUGUAAGGUUGUGGAUUACGGGCUUGCUCCCAUUGCACCAAAAUAUGAAUAUUUUAGUAGGUGUGAUCACUGUGGGGUCGUCCCGAGCACUGGCCGCUGGCCCGCCUUGCCGAGGAGAUGUGCAAACAGUGAUGUGCUACACAUAUGCAGCACCUGGACACUGAUGUGGAGCCAGGAAAGGCGAGCAAUAGUGUGACCCAACUGGUGUGAGUCAGAUUUCAGAGGAGUGAGUCACUCAGCUGCAGAUGGAGCACAGCAACAUCCACGUUUCGGCCUCCUUUGUUGAUGAAUGUCUUAACCCAAUUCCUGAAAACUUGAAGAACUGUUGCAGACAUCGCCCCGGGUUUCCACCAGAACGCGUUUGUCUGUGUGCGUAUGCUUUGAACCUGUGCUGUUGUGGGUUUCAGGGGUAACAGCAGUUUCUAAGUCUACAUGUAAGGCUCUAAGCAGUGUGAAACUGUUACAAUUAAAGCAGCACGUGCUUUAAUGGUCAAGUAUGUGAAGUAUAUUCACUUUUUAUCACAGCUGAGCUGCAAUGCGAUUGUUGCCUUCCACACAAAACGACCUUUAUAAAUGCUUCACAGCCCACCGUGUCCAAACUCUGAUCAAAGAAGUGCCUUUUUUUUUUUUUUUAUACUCGGGCCUCAUUUAAACCAUGAAUUGUGUUUCUGCAAAACAAUGUUUUGGUUAUUUUUGUUCUAUCUGCUGAUGUGAGAACGACACCGUGAGAAAACCCAUUCGUCGGCCGAAUGAAUAAACUUGUCUGUGCUGGUGUUUCUGCCGCGAGGAGAUCUGAAGACUCUUUUACCAUGUGAUUGAGCUUUAUAGGAAUGCAUUUCCUGCCCACGCGUGUCUCUGUGUGAGUGUUACUGUGGCUGGAACAGAGUAAUAGUUCAGAGAUGUGACAGACGAGAACAAUUGGGGUGAAUGUAAUGCACAUUAUAUUUAUGUCAGCAGAAAAUAAGUGUAAUUUCAUUGUGAUUUUUGUGUUUUAAAGGGGAUGUAUCAUGUAAAAUGUAGACGAUUCUAUUUUGUGCAUUUCUACCUUUCAUGUUUCUGUUCCUGCAUCCACCAUGACAUGCAGCUCCAGGUUCUGCUCUUCUGUUUGUGUGUUUUUUUCUUCUUCUUGUGAUCCCUCAGAAUGCCUUAUGUUUAGGCCAGCACUGCCUUGGAUUUAAAUUCACUUGUCUUAUAAUAUGUAAUAACUGUUGGAAAUACAGCUGACUUUAAGUAAAGAAAAAUACGUUUUU